GUUAAGUAUUGUUUCAGAAUGUCACAUUUUGUUGUUUUGGUUGCUUUGACAGGUUAACAGGUACAGAAGAACCACAAGUAAGUGUUUUCUAGUCUCGAGUUAACAGUUCCACCUCCUCCUGUAUACACGAUGGAAGACGAAAGAAAAAACGAGUGGUCCAAAUAUGCAAAAUAUUACGACCCCAUCCAGAUUGGUUCAAUAGACGGCACCGAUAUUGAGCCCCACGACAAGGGGAUUGAAAGGGCAUUGUUAGCUGAGUAUAAACCAAACAGACAUGUAAAAGGUAAACCAGAGUGCACAAUUUUUAUCAGCCGACUCAGCUACAGAAUCACCAAAGAAACAAUUCUUGAUAUUUUUUCCUGUUAUGGUAAAAUUAAACGUCUCCGAUUAGUUAAAGAUAUUGUGACUGGUUUACCAAAAGGAUAUGCAUUUCUGGAGUAUGACUUAGAAGAGUCUGCUGUUGAGGCUUAUAAACAUGCCAACAAAAUGGUAAUAGAUGGUUUUCAAAUAUUUGUUGAUUUUGAAUGUGAACGACUAUUGAAAGGUUGGGUGCCAAGACGAUUGGGAGGUGGGUUUGGUGGAAAGAAAGAAUCUGGUCAAUUACGAUUUGGUGGCAGAGAUCGACCAUUUAAAAGGCCUAUCAAUUUGGAAACAGAACAUUAUCCGAAGUCUAAAAAGAAAAAAGAACUUUGAUGUUUGUAAUUGUAGAAUUGAAUUAAUAAUUUAUUAUUAUACUUAUUAUGUUUACCCAUAAUGAAUUAAUAAAGAACAUUUGUUACUGUUAA